ACACACACAGCAGCACAGUCGAUGUAAAUAAUUUUUGCGGCCGUAGUUCAUAGUCAACAAAUUCAACAAAAUAAAAUGAUGAAGAGUGGUGGGCUGGGGUCUCACCGGCCGUUGUCGGGUCAGCUGUACAAGUACACGAACGUGGUGAAGGGCUGGCAGCAACGCUGGUUCGCUGUGGACCCCGAGACAGGCGUGCUGUCGUACUAUUUGUUCGAUGGGCCAGGAGACACAGUGCAGCCUGGACAGCCUGCUAGGGGAGAGGCCCAUUUGGCAGCCGCUGUGGUGUGUCCAAGUGACGAGGACUCACGCACAUUCACUCUUAACUGUGCGUCAGGAGACAUGCUCAAGUUGCGUGCCACUGACGCGCGGGCGAGACAAGAGUGGGUGGACGGACUGCGGGCUAUUGCAGAGAUACAUACCAAGGCAAUGGGCGCGAACCCGCCGCUGCAGCCGCGCGAGCAGCUGGCUGUGCACGGCGCCAUGGCGUCCGCGCGACAACAACUACAGCAAACUGAACUAAGUGACGCGUCCCUCGCGCGGUGUAUCGAAUCGUCAGACUCUCCUUUCCCUCAUACAGAUCCGGACCUAUUAUUACUGAAGGCCACAUCAGCGGCAAGCAUGCAGUGCCUGCUGCAGUGCCUCGGCAUGCUUCACCGCCAGCAGCAGUACGCCACCACCAAUAGCCUCAAACACGACCACGACCAUUAAUCCCAAGCUCUCGUGACAAUGAUAAUCUAAAUUCAAUUCUAAAAUUGAAACUUCAAGGUCGUUUUUUGACUGGCAAUUUUAGAUCCCGGGUACGAGUUUCUCGCCUCAAGAGAAAGAGUAUCGUCGCGUCAAAUGUACUCGUAUGAUAGAUCGUAUAGUACGUGGUUAUUAUAUUUAUUAUUGCCUCCAAUAAUAUGUAUCAUGUGAUUUCUCGCCCCAAAACUUACGAGAAACUCGUAUUAUGUAAAUAUGAAUUUAAACACUUAUGAUUGUGUCAGAGACAAGUUACUAUCAAGACUGUAAAUUCUCUUUUGUUCUCGUAUCAAUACAAUAAUGUAGAUGACGUCACAGAGAGCGAGUUUAAGGCUAAUAAAAUUUCGGUUCUGGGGCCCGUUUCUCAAAAGCUUGUAACUUGACUAACUUGUAAUACAAGUGGAAGUCCCUGUCUAACAAAAGAUGUCAAAACGGGACUUCCACUUGCAGUGCCGGCCCGAGUCCUUGAUCAGGGUAGAGCGAAAUUGGGUUUUGGCACCCUUCUUUGAAGCAUUUUACCUAAAAGCAAAACGAACCGUAUUUUGGGCCCGCGUCAUCCACUUGUAUUACAAGCUACAAGCUUUUGGUAAACGGGCCCCUGGUACCUAUAUAGGAAUUUAAUGUAGAAGUUGUAGAAUUCUGAACAUCAUGUUUUGAGAGUAAAGCGAAAAUUGUUGGCUUAGUAUUUAUUGUAACUAACUGUACUGGAUAGAACUUGGAGAUGUUCUAUCACUAUCACAUUCCCUUAGUUGGUAGGUAAAAUUGUAAAAUGUAA